UUUACGCAGAAAUUUGGACAUAUAAAGUUUGAAAGAUAAUUAUUUGGAUAUAGAUUUGUUCAGAUUUUAAUCUCACACUUUUGAAAUUUUAGUAUUAAUUUAAAUUUUUGCCUUUAAGUAUACUUAGUUUCUUUUUUCUCCUUUUAAAUAAUCUGCAUUCACAGAUGCGAAAAUCAAAUAUAAAUUGAGCAUGAAGAAUAUGGAAGUUGCAGAAAUUUCUAAUUUAUCUGAGUCUUCAGGACAUAAAGCUUCAGAUAUACAAUCUGUUGAAGAUGAAAAUAAAUUAGAGUUUCUUUCAAAUAAGAAAAUGAAGCUAUCACCUGAGCUUUCUAUGGAUGCUGCUGUUACUGAAUCAGCUGAACAGGAUUCAUGUAUUAAAGUAGUCAAUUUUGCAACUGAUGAUUCCUCUUCAAUUGAGAUUUAUAAAUCAUCAGAUAAUAAAACAGGAAUUCCUGAGGAAAUUUUAAAAUUUGUUUCUGAUACUUGUGAUACAGUUCAAAUUAUUGUAAAUGACAAGUCUUCUAUGGCUGAUAUUGGCAAACUGCCAAUUAAUGAAAUUGUAAUUUCAGAAGAAAUUUCUAAACUUGUUUCUGAUAUCUGUAAUAAAGUUGAAAUUGUUAUAAAUGGUCCUGCUGCUAGUAAUAGUAAUGUCGAUACCACAACUACAGAUUCUGAAGGAAUCUCUAAAACAUUUGCUAAUGAUGAUUUAUAUGAUGCUGAGGUUGGGGAUGAUGAUGAUGGCUUAAAUAAUAUUUCUCCAUUUGAUAAUAAUGAAUCUUUUGUAAACGAUGUAAUCAAAAAUAGUUCUGAAUUAGCAGAAUGUGAUACUGGUGAUAAAAUAUCAGAAAUGAAUGAAGAUGAUGAAGAAUGUGCUAAUUCAUUUCUAGAAACAGACGUCAGGAAUCCAAUCCGUAAAGAAAGACAUUGGACAGAGCGAGCAUCAUUACCAUAUUACCGUGAACCUAAGCCUGAUUUCUUUGAAUAUACUCGAAAACUGCAAGAGAAACUUGAUCCAAAGCCAUCUGCUAUUAGUUCUUCAUCUAUACCAAACAGUUCAAGUCGUAUAAUUGUGUUGGAUGAGCCUGUUGAUCAGGGUAAUAAAGAAUCUGACCUUAUUAAACCUGCAACAACUUCUGGGACUUUCUCUACUAAAUUUGAUUUAUGCCUUGAAAAGAGUAAAGUUUUAUCUUCAAAGAAGCCUGUUUCAGGUCUUAUCAUUUUAGAUGAUUAUAAAUCUCCUAGAAUUAAAAAUUCUCACUUCUCAAGAUCAAGUGAUAUGUGGAAUCUCUCAUCUUUACAGUCAGCAAAAGAGCAACCAGAACCAGCUCCUGGUUCAAAAUAUAAAGCCCUGAAAGAACAGCUGAUGGAAAAAAUAAUGCUAAAGAAAGAAGAAUCAUUGAUUAAGCGUAAGGAAGAACAAGAAUUUGAUGAAGAAAAUUUUGAAGAGGAAGAAGAAGUUGUUUCAGAUGGGACACCUUAUGAAAGUGCAAAUGGUUCAUCUGAUGAUGACAUGGAGGAUGACUCUCCAGAAAAUACAGGAGAUGAUGUUGUUUUGAAAGAUAUGCUGUUAAAGGAAUGCGAAAACUUUCCAGACAGAGAAGAGAACCUUUUUAGAGAACCUGAAGAUAGCAGUCAUAUGAAAAACUCUGAAGCAGAAAGAGUUAUUGAUUCAGGUACAACUAUUAGUGAAGAUUCCCAAGAGCCAAUGGAGUGUUAUUCUUUACCAUCUUAUCAACCAGGUGGUGGUUUUACUAGAUCUCCUUUACAAAACAUUAGUAUGAAGAGAAUGUUUUCAGAUUCAGAUUUCAAUGAUUCAGCACUGAACUUUUCUUUACAACCUAGAAGCAAGGAUAGGAUUUUUUCUGAUUCAGAUUUCACUGAUUCGGCACCAAGUGAAUCACCAGGACCCAGUCAAUUAAAAAAUGUCUCUACUUUGGAGUUUAAAAAUAGUGCUGAUGAACAGCUACCUUUUGAAGGUUCUGAUGAACAGGAGAUCAUUCCUCACUGGGACUCAUUACCUGCUUCUGAAAAACAAGGAUCACAACUAUUUGAUGAAGAUAUCUCAGUUAUAUGUUCUGGAAAAUUUCCAUCCACAAAUGAAGAAAUUCCAUGGACACCAUCAUCAAGUACAAAGAAUUCUCUUCCUGACAAAAAAUCUGUGGUUUCUCCAUCUUACAGUAACCAUACAAAUAAUGAGACGGAUCACUUAAAUGAAUCUGAUGAUGAAGAACUAGUACGACCUGCUAAAAAAAUUAAACUGUCUUUGAUUGAAAAGCUUUGGGAUUCAGAUGAUGAAAAUGAUGCUGAUUUUAAACAUCCCAUUGUGAAUAAUGGUGAGUUAAAGAAAAAUCAUCGCAACAUUCAAAGUGAUUCUGAUGAUGAUGCAGACCAAGAUAAUGAGCCUGUUAACUCGAAGGAAGAAGACGAACUUGAUGAUCAAUCUGAGAAUUUAGAGCAAGUUAAUGAGUCAUUUGAAGAAUCACAUGUAAAAAAGGCUGACGAUAAAGACUCUGAUAAGAAAUUUGAAAUAAACAAUUUUUUUGAAAAUGAAGCUGAGCUUUCUGGAGAAGAAGGUAGUUCAGAUGAGAAUGAAGAUGAUAUUGACGAAUACAUGGAUGAUGAAAUGAUUACAGAUGAAAUUGUAGCUAGUGAAGAAAAAUUAAGGAAAGAAGUUGGAACUAUACAUUUCAAACGACAACAAGAUGAGGAUGAUCAAAUUAUUCGACAAUUAAAAAAUGACUUUCUUCCCGAAGGAGAAUUAUACAAUGAAAAUGGCCAAAGAAAAAGGAGAUUUAUAUGGAAUAAUAUUGGAAUGGAUGAUAAUGAAUUCACGGAAACAAAAUCGGAUUCAGAAGAAGAGGAAGUUGAAAGUCUUCCUACAGAUUACUUGAAGUGGCAACAGGAAAAAAAUAAAUCAAAUUUACCUGAUGAUGAUAAUGAAGAAGAAAUUCAAACUCCCAAAAGUAUUGGUUUAAAAGUAGACAUUAUAGGAAAGGUUUCUGUUACUCGCUACAGUAAUGGAUCAAAUUCCAGUAUUUCUGCAAGUCCUGCACUACGGCGUGGUUCUUUUCUAAAUUCUAGUAUUGGGAAGAAUAUGAAAUUCGUAAAAGAGUUUAGUAGUUCUGAAGGAUCAGUAUCAAGAAAAAACUUUGUAUUUUCAUCUCCUCAGCCUAAUGCUUCUCUUCCAUCAACUCCUACAUUAGAAGUAAAAAGCACAAGAAUCAGUAAUGUUAUUAAUAACAGAAGCAUAUUUAAUAAAAUUUGAAUUUGUGUGAACUGACCAAUGAACUUUUAUCAUAUCCGUAUCAUUUGAUAUUCAAUAUGGAACUAUGUAUGUUCUACAGAUUUUAACUUCA